AUGGCGCCGACUAUCAAGUCUUACACUGUCUUACCUCUCAACAUACCAAGAACACCUGCGUUUCCCAAGACUACGACACACGCCAUCUACCUCCAGCCGCAUGCGCCCAAAAUACUAACAGAAGAAGACUCUCGAAGCUUGUUUCUAGUAAACAUUCCGAUUGAUUCCACACCAGCCCAUAUAAGGGGAAUCAUUGGUGACUUGCUUGGCGCAGCAGGACGGGUGGAGGACGUACAUUUCGAAGGCGAAAAGAGAAAACCAAUACCUUCGACAGAUGUGGUAGCAGUCGGGUCAUCAAACAAAAAGCGCAAAAGAGGUCACGAGGAUUCAAGUAUUGAGUUCGACGAAGCUCUGCCAGAGGUUUGGGAUCGACCUCUCCAUCGGAGCGGUAGUACGGCAAUUGUUGUGUUUGUGGAUGCUAAAAGCGCCGAGGCAGUCUUAAAGGCCAUUCGAAAAAUACACAAGUCGGGAAAGACAAAUAAAUUUCCAACAUGGGGAGCAGGAAUUGAGAGCAAAGUGCCUCAGUUGGGAAGCUCGAGGUACAUCAACCACCACGAACUGCGCUUCCCAGAUGUACAUACUCUGCAGAUGAAUGUCGACGCAUAUAUGACCGUAUUCAAUUCGAAGGAAGAGCAGAAGAAGAGAGAAGAUGCCAGGAAGAGAAAUAUGCCGGAUGAGGAUGGUUUUGUUACUGUCACAAGAGGUGGAAGAACUGGACCGGCAAGACGUGAAGAUGUGGAAGAGAAGAGGAUAGAAAUGGAGGCACGAGAAGAAAAGAAGCGAAAGGAACUAGAAGGCAAGGGAUUCUACAGAUUUCAAGUUCGUGAGAAGAGGAAACAAGAGCAAGGAGAAUUGAUCAAGCAGUUCGAAGAGGAUAAGCGGAGGAUUGAGAAGCUGAGAGAAAUUAGAGGGCGGAAAGGAAAGGUUUGA